UGUUUAUAAUUCAUCGACGCACGGUGGAAUUGAACCCACCUUCUUUCUUCCUACACCUACUUUGUCGUCGCCCCCUUUCAUAUCAUCACAACCCCCUUCUCCGCGCCGAACUCAACAACUUCCCGUCAUCACUAUCAGCCAGGCCUAAAGAGCUGUUUCACCAUCAACAUCGCUACCAGUACCAUGAUGUGGCAAAAGUGGGAGGAUCUUGACACGCAGCAUUUCAUAGAGUACAGCGAAGAACUGCACCUCCAUGGUGCUCCCUCACUAUAUGUGUGCCAUGGAGAGCCGGCUCCAGAAAUUCCUGUUCUCAGCUCCUCGCGGUUGCUGUGUCGUCGACUGGGCGACCUCACACGUCCUGUUUCGCCUCCCAGAUCAGAGGACCAGAUCCCCAACACAAGUCCCAGUCGGAGGAUCGAGGAGAAAGACCUCAUCGACCAUGGCCUGCUCGCUUCAAGAGGCCAGAGUGCUGUGACAGAGAACAGUCAAGAAGACAUUUGGCUGUCGUUUGAGGGGAUUACUUUACACGAUUCGAGCCUAGGUCCUGCGUCGACCGGGGCGAGCACACGUGGGAGCAGACUCUUGGACAUGCCGACGGAGAUCCAGCUCUUAAUCAUGCAGCAUGUCAAGUCAUCGCCGCUAUCGUUACACUGGCUUCGGCAGACCUCGGCCGUCUUCAUGUCCUUGUUUGACAAGGAGCAUUUUGCGUCUUUUCACGUCCCAUCCGAGUCAUACAGAUGCCACAAGAGCUUUGAUCUGUCUCGCUUGAAUCGCGGGGAGCUCUACCUCCGUGGAGUUCGUCUCUUCCAAUAUCUGCACUGUUCUUCGUGCCGGUACGUUUUUCAAAGCGGCAACCUAGCGAGGGAGUGGCAGAAGUUGCUUUCGGCGCGCUACUGCGUGGGCUGCAAAGAGACCCACAGGUCCUACAUGUUUCUGCCGGAGGAUAGGGAGAGGCACGACCGGGAGGGAGGUCGGCUGCUCUGUAUCGGGCGCCAGGGCGAGGUGUCGAUUUGCGACCACAGCAAUGGCCAGGACGCCAAGAAUGCACCCACAAUGUGGCGGCACAUGGAGGAGCUUAAAGCGAGGCGUGAAUCCUCGAUAGGAGCUCCUGUGGACCAUGGCCGCUUCUGUCCACACCAGUCGCACAUGCCAUACAGUCAGCACCUGCCGUUGGUUGGAACGGCAAUGCCGAAGCUCAUCGCGCACAGUGAGGCUCCAGGUCCACGCUCCAGGCUCUACAUCGGAUAUGGAUGGGACCUACCACUCCUCUACGUACAUACAAUGUUGCCGCCGUCUUUACAAGCUCUCAGAGAUACUGUUGCAGAGCGGGUACUGGUGGCACUCAAGGAUCGAAAGAUAUGUCCCCACGUGUCACCAGAAAGGGAGAUUCGGGAUUUUAUCCAGAGCGGAAUAUGCGAAUGUUUUCUGACCUAUGCCAACGUGGCGAGCGAAGCAGGGGUCAACUGCGGAUUAAAUAUGAGGACAAACAGACCGAGACAAGUGACCACCUGUAUGUGUGCACGGCAGAACUUUAUCAGAUGCCGCGAGUGCGGUGCAGCAUAUAUGUGGCGCCUCAGAAAGGGGGUUCUGUCCCUGACCUUCCGGUACUUCUGGCACAUAAAGAAGCCUAUUAGUGUCGGUUGGAUCAGCCUGCUCGAUCAGAGCUGGCACAUAGUAUGGUUAGCUUCAGGAUGUCGCAGCGGCGGUAGGGGAGCAUGCGGCUGGGGGACAUACCGAGUUUCUGCUCCUGGAGCUUGAGGGUACGCUUUCGCAGCUGGUGCGUCUUGUACAAGUACAGUGCAAUUGCGAGCAGCGCGAGCGUCGGCAGGCUGAAGCCAAAUUCGAAAAAUUCAGGGGCUGCGGCCAUUGUGAAAAAGUUGUUGCUCUUUUGUUGUUGUGGAUGGGUUUGGGGGAGCGGAAAGGUUGGGAAUGAUUGUGAAGAUGAUGCCAGGUGAGCGGAAGGCAACUAGCUCCAUGCCUAUCUACGAGUGAAUUAGGUAAGGUGCUUCAUCCGAUAAAUUGAGCCCUUGUUAGGGUUUACUUUAUUGUUCGGAAAACGGGUACAAGAUAGGGCUCUAAGGAUAGCCGAUACAUAUAAAUUGC